AUGUCGUCGGAAGUCGAAGCAAUAGCACCUCAUGGUGCCUCCCCAAAAGAUGGCGGACAGCACUUUUUGGAGGCCAUAGGACCCGCGUAUGCCCGUAACACGCAGUAUUGUAAAGCCAUUCUCUUGUCGUCCAUUCCUCAAGGCCUCAUCAUGGCCUUGGUCGCUCUUGGCUUUUUCAAUUGUUACCUGGUCAUUGCCCAGCACACUCGGUUGAAUCAGGAUUUGCCGUGGGCGGACUCAAACUUCUCUGGAACGUCAUCUUCCCCCAACACAAAUUCCCCCGCAAAUGCUUUGUCCUUGGGCCUCGGAGCCAGUGUCGGACCCGAAGCGGCAUUGGGAGCGGUCGGCUGUACGCUCGGAUCCUUGGUAGUCGGUAGACGCUGGCGUCUCGGGUCCAUUCGAGCCAAUAGUGUUAUUAUCAACCAUCAAGACGAUGAUCAUGAUGAUGAUCACUGGUUGGCCAAAGUGUUGCCCGAUUUUAGUCAGGAAAGCAAAAUGUGUGCCAUGGAUGGCAUGUCGGCUGCCUUUGGAGCGCUAUUUCCCUCGCAGUUCCUCGCUGGUCUCAUGAUACACGAAUUGGGAUCCGGGGUUUGGACCGAAGGAGACGUACAAGGUCUCUGGACGAAACACUUUAUAGAGACUGUUGUUCGAUCUGGUAUUGCCAGUUCCACCGCAUACAUUGUCUUUACCGCCAUUCAAAACGAAACACUCCUGGAACAAAUACCUCUCCCCUUUGCCGCAUACAAUUUAUUGCCCGAAAUCAUAACCGUCGAUAUGUUCUACUCCAUUCUCUUGGGAUUCUUUGCCGGUCUACUUGGUUUGGUCGGCUUUGUUUUUAUGGCCAUUUUUGGAGCUAUCGGGGCCAAGGUUCAUGACACCUUUGAUGCUUUGGGAAACAAGGUCGGUCUCCAAGAAAACACACUCGGAAUGCUCAUGACACCCACUAUUGGGGGGGCUAUGCUUGGGCUUUUGUGCGUAGCAGUCCCACUCUGUAUUGGGGAUGGCGCCGAUCAACUCGGUCCCAUGAUUUAUCUCGCCGAAGAACUCGGUGUCGGCGCCAUUGUUGCCGCAGGCGCUGUCAAGCUCGCUUGUGUUUCCAUAAGCCUCGGGUUUGGCUUUGUCGGCGGGCCCAUCUUUCCGUUCCUUUAUGCGGGUGCUUGCCUUGGCAUUGUUUGUCACAUGGUGAUUGAUGACGUUCCUUCCAUAUUGGCCAUUUCCUGUUGCAUCGUUGCCGUGCCCUGUGCCUUUAUCCCCGCUAUUUUGUCAAUGACCACGCUGGCAUCUGUGAUUCUGGCAUUGGGCGGCGCGGCGACUUCACCAGUAUUUCUGGCUUGUAUGACGUCCUAUAGUACCGUUUGUGGGAUGGGGAUUGUCCAAGAUUUGAUUGCCGCGGCAACACCACCACCAAGUGCAGUCAAGGACGAGAACGAGGAGCCCGCCACGGAUGCUAACAGUGCCGUGAAGGACGAGGAGGGGGCCCCGAAGGGCGGAGGUGGCCAAGUACAGAAAGGUCCCGGAGGCUCAUCAUGGUUAUAA